UGCUGGCGGGCUUCGCCGAGAAAGCCGGACUCGGCCGGCGCCGGGUUCUGGGAUCGCCGACUGCAGCCAUGACCCUAGCAGUCCGUCUCUCUGCCCCGGCUCCGGGGGUCUGAUACCCCUCACAGUCUCGUCCAGCUUCUGGAGAGGCGGCCGCUGCCCCCUCGUCGCCCUUGGCGCCUUACCGGACUCCCUAUCCGGAGCUGGGAGCAGCGCGGCCACCGGCGCCCCCGUGCAAACUGGGGGUGUUUGCUGGAGCAGCCCCCGCCGCUGCUGCCCGCGGCUCUGGCCAUGGCCUGGCGGGGCACAGGGCCGAAGGUCCCGGGGGCGCCUGGAGGAGUCAGGCUGGGGCUGCUGCUGCUGCAGUUGCUCCUGCUCCUGCGGCCGGCACUGGGCUUCGGGGACGAGGAGGAGAGGCGCUGCGACCCCAUCCGCAUCGCCAUGUGCCAGAACCUCGGCUACAACGUGACCAAGAUGCCCAACCUGGUGGGACACGAGCUGCAGACGGAUGCCGAGCUGCAGCUGACAACUUUCACGCCGCUCAUCCAGUACGGCUGCUCCAGCCAGCUGCAGUUCUUCCUUUGUUCGGUUUAUGUGCCAAUGUGCACGGAGAAGAUCAACAUCCCCAUUGGCCCGUGCGGUGGCAUGUGUCUCUCCGUCAAGAGGCGAUGCGAACCUGUCCUGAAAGAAUUUGGUUUUGCCUGGCCGGAUAGCCUGAACUGCAGCAAGUUCCCACCCCAGAAUGACCACAACCAUAUGUGCAUGGAAGGACCUGGCGAUGAAGAGGUGCCCUUACCUCACAAAACCCCCAUCCAGCCGGGAGAAGAGUGCCACUCCGUGGGAACCAAUUCCGAUCAGUACAUCUGGGUGAAAAGAAGCCUGACCUGCGUUCUCAAGUGUGGCUACGAUGCUGGCUUGUACAGCCGCUCAGCCAAGGAGUUUACGGACAUUUGGAUGGCGGUGUGGGCCAGCCUCUGUUUCAUCUCUACCACCUUCACCGUGCUGACCUUCCUGAUCGAUUCGUCCAGGUUUUCUUACCCUGAGCGCCCCAUCAUAUUUCUCAGUAUGUGCUAUAAUAUUUAUAGCAUUGCUUAUAUUGUUCGGCUGACUGUAGGCCGGGAAAGGAUAUCCUGUGAUUUUGAAGAGGCGGCAGAACCUGUUCUCAUCCAAGAAGGCCUUAAGAACACAGGAUGUGCAAUAAUUUUCUUGCUGAUGUACUUUUUUGGAAUGGCCAGUUCCAUUUGGUGGGUUAUUCUGACACUCACUUGGUUUUUGGCAGCAGGACUCAAGUGGGGUCACGAAGCCAUUGAGAUGCACAGUUCUUAUUUCCACAUCGCAGCCUGGGCGAUUCCUGCUGUGAAAACCAUUGUCAUCUUGAUUAUGAGACUAGUGGAUGCUGAUGAACUGACUGGCCUGUGCUAUGUUGGGAACCAAAACCUAGACGCCCUCACUGGCUUCGUGGUGGCUCCGCUUUUUACUUAUUUGGUGAUAGGAACUCUGUUCAUUGCAGCGGGUUUGGUGGCCUUAUUCAAAAUUCGGUCGAAUCUUCAAAAAGAUGGGACAAAGACCGAUAAGUUGGAAAGGUUAAUGGUCAAGAUCGGGGUUUUCUCCGUCCUAUACACAGUUCCUGCCACAUGCGUGAUUGCCUGUUACUUCUAUGAAAUCUCUAACUGGACGCUCUUUCGGUAUUCUGCAGAUGACUCUAAUAUGGCUGUUGAAAUGUUGAAAAUUUUUAUGUCUUUGCUCGUGGGCAUCACUUCAGGCAUGUGGAUUUGGUCUGCCAAAACCCUUCACACAUGGCAAAAAUGUUCCAACCGAUUGGUGAAUUCUGGGAAGGUAAAGAGAGAGAAGAGGGGGAACAGUUGGGUGAAGCCGGGCAAAGGCAAUGAGACCGUUGUCUAAGACUAACCAGCUUCUACGCUUUCCUUAUGUUGGAGGGAAUUACGCGGUGAAUCUCAGUUUGAACGAACUAGAAACACGUUAGCACCCCCACUGUAGGCCCAGCACCCCUCACCACACCCAGCCUCAUAAAAGCAAUGGUUCCACUGCAGACAUUGGAACGAUCUAAGAUGGGAAGCCAGUGAGAGGCUUUCAAAGCUGUGAAAAAUCAAAAUGUUGAUCCCUUUAGCAGGUCGCAGCUCAGAGCGCUGAGGUCCUGCUUAAGUUCCCUGUUUACCCCUACUGGGUGGGAUUUCAGCUGUGAGUUGAGAACUCGCAGGGAGAAAGAUUAAUUUUUUUAAAAAACUCUUAAAUUUUAAAUAGUAACUAGGUCUUUCAGAUAGCCAAGUGAUCUAUAAACACUGGAAACACUGGGGUGGGAGACGUGUUGCAGGGUUUGAUAGUUUGGCUGGUCUAACAUAAACAUCGCGUGGCCUACACGGUCGGCUGUUUGGAACUCUGGAGCGCACUCCCAAGAGGUGGUGUCAAAAUCCUUCAGUGCCUUUGUCGUAAAACAGAAUUGUUUGAACAAACAAAAGUACUGUACUAACACACGUAGGUAUCCAAUGGAUUUUCUCUCUCUCUCUCUCUCUCUCUCUUAAAUUUCAGCAUCCCUAUUCUAGGCAGCCCCUCCCUCUUUUCUUCACUUUACACUAAUGACUCAAAAAAAAUUAUUUUUAUAGGAAUUUUUUUUUGCACUGCAGCAUGCCUAAUGAGGGGGGAAGGAAGGGCGAUUCACUUUCUGACAAUCACUUAACUCAGAAGAAAACGAGAUUUACUAAGUUGACUUCCCUUCCCGACCCCAGAGACCCAUUGCGUUAAGUAAUGCUAAGCAAUUGGGACUUGAAAUAUUUUAGUUCGUGUGAUUGCAUCUAGGCAGACGCCAGUCUGGAAGAACUGAAAUGUUAAAUUUCUUGGCAACUCUGCAUUCACACAGAUUAACUGUGUAAUUUGUGUGUGUCAAUUACAAUUAAGAGCACAUUCUUGGACCAUGACAUAGUAUACUCAAUUGACUUUAAAACUAUGGUCAGCUUACAUUCGCAGAGCGAUAGUGCCUUUUUUCCCCUGUAGCAUAAGAAUGUUAUCGGAGUUGGGUCGACUUACCACAAUGGAGACUUAUUCAGCUUUGCAAAGGCAACUAAGGACAGCAGAUCUAAAUACCGGGUGCAUAAUUGUUCCUUAGUAAUUGGCAAAGGCUCCUUAUAAGAUUUCAUUAGAGCCGGUGUGGCCUGGAACCUAAUGAAUGGUACCUAAUGAAUCUCCAGAGUGCCAGCCAGAAGCUGGAUUGGUUAGCAAGGGAUAUGGUAUGGACCGUAUGAAAUGAGCUGCAAGGUCUAACAGCGGCACGGGUCUUAAUUGCCUUUGCUGGGGUAUCCAAAGCUUUUAAAAUUUAUGCUUUAAGUCCCUCACAAGGGGGUACCCGCUAACAACCUAUCAAAAGUUGCAGUGUCUUUACAAUUGUAGCUGGCCUUUUUCUUAACCUGCCUUAGGCCUUUUAAUCACCAGAUCUCUGGGACAAACUGUUGUACAUGUCACAGGUCGCUCUCCUCGUGUUUCAUACCUAUCUGCUUCAGCAACUGCAGUUUUUGGCUGAUUCAAGCUUUGUCCUUUUAAUAAAAAAAUCUUCGUGUUUUCCUAAUCAUACUUCGCAGAGAGACAUUUCCCAGACUCCAAAUCAAAUAAGUGAUCAAAUUCUGGAAAUAGAAAGUUUUAAAAAUUGAAGAUUUUUUGUUUGUUUUUGGUUUCUGUUUGUUUGUUUGUUUUGGGUUUGAGCUUUCUGUCUAUGACUUGACAUUGUCUCCCCCACACCCUUUGAUUUUGCAAGGUGUCUGUGAUCAAGAUGCAUGUAAGGCCCAAUGUGUGUUCAGAAAAGAGUUGGAGCUUGUGCGGUAGAAACCUCCAUGGUUCUGGGUGGCCCCUGAUGAUUUGCACAAUCUAAGUUCCUAGGCUGGACCAGGGCAUGAGGCUCCAGGAGCAUGAGAACUGAUCCCUGGAAGGGCCAGUUGAACUCCUGAGUGAGCUGCCUAGGAAAUGUGGAGGGGCCACACCCCAUGCUGCUUGCAGACAGUUCCCAUAGCUGCACAGGGCCCUGGAGUGUGCACCCAAGGGCAGAUUCUGCCCUUACUCACGCUCUGCUGUGGUGUCUUGGGACUUGUGCAGUGACUCUGGCCCAGGAAGGGGAUGGAGGACCAGGCCAUGGCUGACUGCCUUUGCCGUGGAGGCUUUGUGUGUCGUUCUCUUUGCAAUACUUCAGCGAUGGUGGGACCAAGACAGCGCCCUCCAAAGGGCGGGGCAAGAACUAAGUAGUGGGCAGGUGUCAACAACAGCUAUGGCAACAGCAAGCCACCUGCAUUCUGAAUUCUGGAGCUACUAGUGUCCUGACAGUUUGUCUGUCUGCUUGAGCAGAGGGGCUUGUCACUCCAGACUGCUUUGGUAGUCUUAGCAAUGCCAUGGGGAUGUUAGGCCUUCCCGUUCAUGUUCCAGGUGAUUCAGAAUGUUCCCAGUUUACAGGAGAAGGACCUAGUGGCCGAGGAGUCCCUUACCAACACCCUUCAAGCCACUUUUCCACUUCAUCAUCGUGUUUUUCUGCUAGCUCCUCUCGCAGGCCUCUUCCUAGGUCUCUCUACUUCUCCCAGAAUUCCUUCUACAUUAAUAACAGAAUGCAUCAGUUUUGCUUCGUGGCAAUCUCCAUAUAAACUCCCCAGGACAAUCAGAGUAGGCCCCAGGGUCUGAGCACCUACUGUGGCCUUGGGCAAAGGAGGGUCAGGACUUAGUGUUCCACGGGACUUAAUGUAGGUGUAUUUGAGGACAGCAGCUUGCUGAGGGACAAGUUGGGUUUCUUUCCUUUCUCUGAGCCCUAGAACGAGUAUGUAAUUUUCAAGAAAAGCCUGCAAGCUUCCAGAUAUUCUAUUAAGCAUAGCUCAGGGUACCUUUGCCCAACCUUUUCUUUGAUAAACUCUUUGGUCUUUGCAUCAUAAAAGCCAAACCUUAGGGCAGAGGACCGCUUGUCUAGGGUAGAAGUGGCCAGAACCGCCUGGUUGAACUGCUCGGCUGAUCAUAUCUUUCUUCCUUUGUGGUGACCCAUUUCCUGGUUGCUGAGAUGGCUUCUGAGCUGGCCCAGGGCCCAGAGGCCUGAAACAAGGGAAAGGUGACACUGUUUCCUGAGAUGUCCCCCUUGCUUUCUCUUUUCCAUCACUCAAUCUCUUGUACUCCCUAAACCUAGAACCAGAGACAUCCCAUUAUCAGAUCCUGAAUUGUCCUGGCCCUAUCUGACAUCUCCAGCCCUUUGCUCACAGAAUUAAGUGUCUUCGGGAGUGGGUGCAAAGUUGGGUCAUGGGACACCAAGAUGAGCUUGGCAUCCUCCGUCCUGAAAGAGCAGGCGCAGCUGAAAGAGGUUUCACCAGCAUGACAUGUCUGCUAAGGUGCCCAUAGCAACAGUUAGGAAGGGAGACUAAGAGGGCACAGACUCCAGCAGGAACUGCUUAGUGUGUUAAUUCCAUCCUGUGACGGAGGGCAUCGGAGAGAGUUGCCAUUUCUGCCAGUCAUGACGAGUCCCCAGACUUGGCCCAUGCUCUUUGUUCUUUUGUUGUAUUUGACGUCAGAGUCCCUGUCCAGGUUUGCGGUAUGUCUGACAAAGGACCCGGAUAUCAUCUUCCCUUUGUGCCGAGGUCAAAGACCUCGAAACUCCUGAGAGAGCAUUUUGUUCCUACAAAGGAUCACAUACUGAAGCCCCAAGUUACAGAUUCUGCUUCGCUGGCGCCUGGAUAGAGCUCUCUGUUCCUGCCCAUUGCCAUGCACCCAACCCCCAGCCCCAUCCCACCUCUUCACCUGGGAAGCACAUUUGCCCUGAUGCUUACUUAUUUUGGUUCCUUACUUGCCUUAUUUGCCUCUUUGCAGCAGCCAAUUCCUGGGAUUCACCCAGGCAGUUGGUAGAGUCUUUUUGGAAUCCCCUGUGAGCGGCAUCCUCUGAGGCUCUGUGCCUUCCUCAUCUCCCGGAAUGUCCAGCUAAUGUUAUCCCAGAAGGCUUCUGAAAGGGGUUUAAGGGGAGCUCUGCACCCUCUAAAAAAUGUCCUCCCUCCCAAGUUGUGCACGUUUCAAAACCCUGGAAGUGUACUAGGCUAAGGGCCUGACUUGACUCUGGGCAUAGGAAGAGCUAAGUUGCCUUCUAGAGCUUUCCUAGUGGGCAUCUGGGCGGUUCUGAGGCUCUUCUACCUCACAGAGAUGAUGUGAGGCUUUAGAAGGCCCAAGGAUGAAGGCCCCUUGAGUUCUUCAUAAGAAAUAUGAACUAAGUGACAGUCCCACUCUUCAGGAAGAUAAAAUACGGUUAGAGCUCUUCUGUGCAGCAGUCUGGCUAGUUGCUCUCUGGCGUUUUCUUGGAUCCUCAUGCCUCUUAACAGCUCCAGAAAUCUGGAGACAACCUGGGGCCAUUCAAAUGCUUGAUAUCGAGGUACCAGGCAAACCCUGCUCUACACGCCCUGAAUAAAUUGCUGAAUCUCAAAGGAAAUAGACCCUCCUUGUAAGGAUGUACAAAAGUGUGUCUGCAUUAAUGUCUGUACUGUAAAUCUCUAAUUUAUCACUGUAUUAAAAAAAACUUGCUAUUUAAUUUUUGUAUCAAAGGAAAAUAAAGUUUUGUUUAUUAA